UCAAUUCAAUUCUUUCUUCAUUUUCUACAAAAGAAAUAUAAUACACAGUCACAUACCCAAAAAGCUGAUUAUUAUUAUGGCAAAGUUUUCCAGAUCAAACGGGAAGAAAAACCUCAAGACUGUGGUACAAUUGUUUCAUAAGAGUUUUCUACCAGACAAGAGGUCAACGUCGACGAAUCAUUCUAACGAGUUGGAGGACUCCAAGGAUGUGGCUAAUGACGUUAAAGAAGGGCAUUUCGCGGUGAUGGCGGUGGACGAUGAGAAGCUCAAGAGAUUUAUCGUUCCGCUGAGUUGUUUGACGCAUCCAUCUUUCUUAAGGCUUCUGGAAAAAGCUGCAGGAGAGUAUGGGUUCGAACAUGAAGGUGCACUCAUGCUUCCUUGUAGGCCAAGUGGGCUGGAGAAGAUUAUUGGCAGGCAAUGGAAGAGCGGCUCAUCGAAACAGGACUGGGUUCUUGUGCGAUUCAAGAACUCUUAUAUGUUUAAAUUAAAUAUAAAGUAG